AUGGUCUUCUAUCCUCCUCCCUCGGUUAGCCUGCCCUUCGAACCUCCCGAGUCAAUCACCAUCCCGGACUUCAUCUUCAGCGAUAAGCACGCUCGCAAGCCUAUUUCUCAGUCCAGAAAUCCCUUCACAUGCGGUAUCUCUGGUAAGACGUACACCACAGAGGAGGUGAUCCAGCGUGAGAAGCUUCUCGCGCGCGCUCUUGCAAAGCGCCUUGGCUAUGAUGUCCACGAUGGAACCGAAUGGGAUAGAGUAGUGGCGCUAUUCUCAGUCAACACUAUCGACUACAUUACCAUGACCCAUGCUGUUCACCGUUUGAACGGAAUCGUCACACCCGCCAGUGCCGCAUAUUCUGCCCCAGAACUCGAGCAUCAGCUCCGCUCAUCCGGCGCAAACGCCCUUUUCACUUGUGUCCCUCUCCUUGAGACUGCUCUCACUGCCGCGAAGGCUGUCGGUAUCCCUGAGGAUCGUAUCUUUCUUCUACCCGUGCCUGGCUUCGAGUCUAAGCCACCUUUCAAGUCAAUCGAUGAUUUGAUUGCAGAGGGCAAGGAUGCGCCUGAACUUCAGCCUCUAAAUUGGAUCAAGGGUCAAGGUUUGAGGCAGGUUGCGUAUCUAUGCUACUCCAGUGGAACAUCAGGUCUCCCCAAAGCGGUUGAGAUCACUCACGUCAAUGUGAUCGCCAACGUUAUGCAAAUGACAGUCCAAAACGCAGAGGGUCGAAAAGCAGCGGGAGUCGAUACCCAGGUUCAACUUGGUCUCUUACCACUCAGCCACAUUUACGGCCUCGUCCCAGUCGCUCAUUGGGGUAUCUACAAUGGCGACGAGACAGUCAUUCUGCCCAAGUUCGAGCUCAAGAUGUUCCUCGCUACCGUUCAACGCUUCAAGAUCGAGCAAAUGGCCCUCGUCCCUCCCAUCAUGGUCCAAAUGCUGAGCCACAAAGCUGAAUGUCAAAAGUAUGACCUCAGCUCUGUCCGCUUCAUUUUCAGCGGUGCUGCUCCCCUCGGAAAGGAAACAAUCUCUGGCUUGAACGAAAUCUGGCCCAGUUGGAAUAUCUGCCAAGGUUACGGUCUCACUGAAACAUCACCCGUGGUCUCAUCAACUACCGAACUCGAUAUCGAUCCUGGCUCCUCUGGAUCUCUUCUUCCUGGCAUCAAGGCCAAGGUCAUCGAUGCUGAAGGCAAAGAGGUUACCGAGUACAACACCCCCGGCGAACUCUACGUCCAAGGCCCCUGUGUUGUUCUGGGAUAUCUCAACAAUGCAAAGGCCACAGCUGAGACCUUUGUAAACCACAGUGAUGGACGAUGGAUGCGAACAGGCGACGAGGUUAUCGUUCGCAAGUCACCUAAGGGCAUUGAACACCUUGUCAUCGUGGACCGAAUCAAGGAACUCAUUAAAGUCAAGGGCCACCAAGUCGCACCAGCUGAGCUCGAAGCUCAUCUUCUCACCCAUCCUCUCGUCGACGACUGUGCCGUUAUUCAAGUCCCCGAUGAACGAGCUGGCGAAGUUCCCAAGGCCUUCGUCGUCAAAGCAGCUGAGGCCAAGGGCAAGUCCGAUGAAGAGGUCACUAAAAGCAUCAACAAGCACGUCGAAGAGCACAAGGCGCGUCACAAGUGGCUCAAGGGCGGCAUCGAGUUUAUCGAAAUCAUUCCCAAGAGCCCUAGUGGCAAGAUCCUUCGACGCUUGUUGAGGGACAAGGAGAAGCAGGCCCGCAAGGACAAGGGAGCCAAGCUGUAA